CCUGUCCGGUCCGGGUUCGCUUGCCUCGUCAGCGUCCGCGUUUUCCCCGGCCCCCCCCAACCCCCCCGGACAGGACCCCCUUGAGAUCGUCCCUCAGCUGCCACCAUGAGCGAGCAAGAUCACUCCCUGGAUGAAAUGACAGCCGUGGUGAAGAUUGAAAAAGGAGUUGGUGGCAAUAAUGGGGGCAAUGGUAAUGGUGGUGGUGCCUUUUCUCAGGCUCGAAGCAGCAGCACAGGCAGUAGCAGCAGCAGUGGAGGAGGAGGGCAGGAAUCUCAGCCAUCCCCUUUGGCUCUGCUGGCAGCAACUUGCAGCAGAAUUGAGUCACCUAAUGAGAACAGCAACAACUCCCAGGGCCCAAGCCAGUCAGGGGGCACAGGUGAGCUUGAUCUCACAGCCACACAACUUUCACAGGGUGCCAAUGGCUGGCAGAUCAUCUCUUCCUCCUCUGGGGCUACCCCUACCUCAAAGGAACAGAGUGGCAGCAGUACCAAUGGCAGCAAUGGCAGUGAGUCUUCCAAGAAUCGCACAGUCUCUGGUGGGCAGUAUGUUGUGGCUGCCACCCCCAACUUACAGAACCAGCAAGUUCUGACAGGACUCCCUGGCGUGAUGCCUAACAUUCAGUAUCAAGUAAUCCCACAGUUCCAGACCGUUGAUGGGCAACAGCUGCAAUUUGCUGCCACUGGGACCCAAGUGCAGCAGGAUAGUUCUGGUCAAAUACAGAUUAUACCAGGUGCAAACCAACAGAUCAUCACAAAUCGAGGAAGUGGAGGCAACAUCAUUGCUGCUAUGCCAAACCUACUCCAGCAGGCUGUCCCCCUUCAAGGCCUGGCUAAUAAUGUACUCUCAGGACAGACUCAGUAUGUGACCAAUGUACCAGUGGCCCUGAAUGGGAACAUCACCUUGCUACCUGUCAACAGCGUUUCUGCAGCGACCUUGACUCCUAGCUCUCAGGCAGUCACAAUUAGCAGCUCUGGGUCCCAGGAGAGCGGCUCACAGCCCGUCACCUCAGGGACUGCCAUCAGUUCUGCCAGCUUGGUAUCCUCACAAGCCAGUUCCAGCUCCUUUUUCACCAAUGCCAAUAGCUAUUCAACAACUACUACCACCAGCAACAUGGGAAUUAUGAACUUUACCACCAGCGGAUCAUCAGGGACCAACUCUCAAGCCCAGACAUCCCAGAGGGUCACUGGGCUACAGGGGUCUGAUGCUUUGAACAUCCAGCAGAAUCAGACAUCUGGAGGUUCACUGCAAGCAAGUCAGCAGAAAGAGGGAGAGCAAAACCAGCAGACACAGCAACAACAGAUUCUUAUCCAGCCUCAGCUAGUUCAAGGGGGACAGGCCCUUCAAACUCUCCAAGCAGCACCAUUGUCAGGGCAGACCUAUACAACUCAAGCUAUCUCCCAGGAAACCCUCCAGAACCUCCAGCUUCAGGCUGUUCCAAACUCUGGCCCCAUCAUCAUCCGGACACCAACAGUGGGGCCCAAUGGACAGGUCAGUUGGCAGACUCUUCAGCUGCAGAAUCUUCAAGUUCAGAACCCGCAGGCCCAGACAAUCACCUUAGCCCCAAUGCAGGGUGUUUCCUUGGGGCAGACCAGCAGCAGCAACACCACGCUUACACCCAUUGCCUCAGCUGCCUCCAUCCCUGCCGGCACAGUCACUGUGAAUGCUGCUCAGCUCUCCUCUAUGCCAGGCCUCCAGACCAUUAACCUCAGUGCAUUGGGUACUUCAGGAAUCCAGGUGCACCAGCUUCCAGGCUUGCCGUUGGCUAUAGCAAAUGCCUCAGGUGAUCAUGGAACUCAGCUUGGCCUCCAUGGGGCUGGUGGUGAUGGAAUACAUGAUGACACAGCAGGCGGAGAGGAAGGAGAGAACAGCCCCGAUCCCCAACCCCAAGCUGGUCGGAGGACCCGGAGGGAAGCAUGCACCUGCCCCUACUGUAAAGACAGUGAAGGAAGGGGCUCUGGGGAUCCUGGCAAAAAGAAACAGCAUAUUUGCCACAUCCAAGGCUGUGGCAAAGUAUAUGGCAAGACCUCACACCUACGGGCACACUUGCGCUGGCAUACAGGCGAGAGGCCAUUCAUGUGUACCUGGUCAUACUGUGGGAAACGCUUCACACGUUCAGAUGAGCUACAGAGGCACAAACGCACACACACAGGUGAGAAGAAAUUUGCCUGCCCUGAGUGUCCUAAGCGCUUCAUGAGGAGUGACCACCUGUCAAAACAUAUCAAGACCCACCAGAAUAAGAAGGGAGGCCCAGGUGUAGCCCUGAGUGUGGGCACUUUGCCCCUGGACAGUGGGGCAGGCUCAGAAGGCAGUGGUGCUGCCACCCCUUCAGCCCUUAUUACCACCAAUAUGGUAGCCAUGGAGGCCAUCUGUCCAGAGGGUAUUGCCCGUCUUGCCAACAGUGGCAUCAACGUCAUGCAGGUGGCAGAUCUGCAGUCCAUUAAUAUCAGUGGCAAUGGCUUCUGAAAUCAGGCACCCGGGGCCAGAGACAUGUGGGCCAUACCCGUCAACCCUGGGAUGCAAGGUAGCAUGGGUCCAAGAGACAUGGAGAGAGAGAGAGCCAAGAGGCAUUAAAAUGCAGGGUGGUGGGAAGAAUUGGGGGAGGAAUACAAGAGAAGAGAUGGGGUCCUGGCAUCUGCUUAUAUCAUCAGUGCCUCCUUGAAGGUGGGAAACAUUAGUGAAAAUUCUGUUGGUGCCACCCUUUGUGAGCAUUUGUUUGAUCACAGUAUCUUCUUAUACUUCUUACCCCAGUCUCCCCUUCCUGUGCUUCCCUUCUCAGCUCUCCCAUGAUGGAUCCACCCCCCCUUUCCUAAAGCCAUCAUGCCUUGAUAAAUAUAUAUGAUCAUUGAAAUACUUUUUAACAAAAAACAGAUUCUAUAUUAUAUAUAUAUAUUAAAAAAUUUAUGGAGAGAUGCAUUCAUAGGGGUUGGCUGGGAGGAGGAAGGAGACCAUUCUGUGACCAAAAUACCUUGGUCAUUUUUUUUUAUAUUGCCUUAUUUCCCUAUGGCUGAGCCUUGUUGUGACACAUCAGGCUUUUCAAUAGAUGUUGUUGUGGCUUACCACCAGAUUAAGCAUUCAUAUGCUCUGCUUUUAGUUUAUAUAUACAUACAUAAUAUUUUUCCUUUCUUAAUUUUGUCUUUUUAUUUGGGAUCAGCUUUUUGCACUCCUUUCCUGACUCAGUCCUUUCUAUCUCCCCUUUUCUCACCUGAUUGCUUCUUGUAAAGACCUUAGUCCCAGCAGCAGAAUGGAAAAACCUUGAAGCCCAGGCUGAUACUUGAGGUAGCUGUGGAGGGAGUGUUCAAAAUUCUACUGACGCAGGCACCUUCUUGGUGCUGGAGAGUCAAAGGCAUCUCCCUUCAUUAGCUGCUCUAAGCUUUGAGAAUCAGAAGUCUUUCUAUGUAAUUGUGCAGAAGAACCUUUGAAGGUGAUAAUCUGGGAUCAGUUUGUAUAAACUGCCAAAAAAUGGUCAAAUAAUAGAUAGGGGCUUUCAGUAGGAAAAAAAGAUGUGCUCAGAAGAGGAAGUGACUCAUAGUACUUGGGUUCAGAAGUUAGUGGGGUAUUUGGACUUUGGUACCACUGUCUUCCAAGGUAGCUCUAAGCUUUCAUAUGUGGGGUUCUGAGUUCACAUUCUGAAAGGAAUUACACUUCCUCUUUUGAACAUCCUAGUAGUUUCUUUCCUGUUAGGUCGUUAAAGAGCAUCAGCCAGUGUGAAUCUGUUCUGGGUUUCCAUUCUGCAGAACUUCAGAGCAUGUACUAAUAUGUAGACAGUGGUUCUUAUCUUUUCCCUUAACUCUUCCUUGUAUGUACUUGGGUGGUUCCUAAGGGAAAAGGAAGCACACGAUCAUGGGAAUGAUAGCCCAGAACAAAAAGAAAUCUUGUCUUACCACUGUGGUUUAUAGGAGAGAUUGGGAGAAAUCAUCCUGCUUUCUCCACGGCCUGAUUCCGGAAGAGGCUGAUCCAAAAAUUAUAGCGGCAGGGAACUCUUAGUGUGUUUGGCACUGAGAUUUAUAUGCAACCAGAAUUGUCCUCAAGGCCCAGCCAUUAAAGCAUUGUCUCUCUUGACCUUCUGGUAUCUUGUUAGAGAGCUUUUCACUGUGAGGAAGUGUGGAAAUGGCUGUGUGUAUGUGUGUAAUCUGUUAGAUUGGGGAUAGGUUUUCUGUUAGCCAAUAUAAAAAGAGACCUGCAAUAAAAAAUUACCCUAAUCUGAUAGAAAGUGAAAUGUUUGUGUAUGACUGUGUGCGUGAAUGUGUGUUUGUGCCUAUAUAUCUACACACAGAUGAGAAAUUAUAUUUGAAAUUGUUGGAAAAUAAAUUCAGAUCAAAAUGCCUUUCAGGCCCAUUACCUAGAAA